CAUCGUGACUUCUGCCUGGAACAUGUUGCUUAAAGACUAUUACCUUUCCUCGCUUCAUUAACCAAUUUCAACAAUUGUCCAAAAUCUUGAACAAGACGGCUCAGUUUCAUUCUCCUCCACAGAUAGAUUGUUCGUUGUUUUUCUCUCUAUCCGAUUUGUUCGCCAUCAACAUCAGCUAAAGCGCAGUGAUAGGAAUCUCGGGUUAAGUCCGGUCCGGGCUGUCACUCAACUGUUUCCGAGGCUGCUGAUUGGACCGAUCUCAAGAUGUAUUUGCAUAUCCCCGCCCAUCGAGUGGCUCUGCAGUGGUUGGAGAAGGCUUCGGAGAGCGAGCUCUCAAAUUGCGCGCACUAAGUUGGAGAGGCGCUGAGACUCUGGAUGAAGAUUCGCCUGUUGCCUGUCGAGGUAGUGAAAGGAGCGGCUACAUUUGUACACCUGUGCGCACAUCUGCUCAAACGUUUUCUCGUUAAAGAUCAAGCGGGACUUUCUUUGUGCGCGUGAAUGUAGCCAAUUUUUCCCCCCUUGUUCAUUCCGUUAAACGCAAGGCACAGCCCACAAUUAUGAGGUGCAGCCAUGGCAGGCAAGGGUAAGGCAGCCGCGAGGACGCUGGAGGAUUUGACACUCGAUUCCGGUUAUGGUGGAGCGGCGGACUCGUUUAGGUCGUCCAGCGUGUCGCUCUGCUGCUCCGACACGCACCCGUCAUUCCCGCAUGGGGGAAACUGCUGGCAUCUGACCGAAUCCAUGCACAGCAGACACAACAGUCUGGACACGGUGAACACCGUGUUGGCGGAAGACACGGAGAUCCUCGAGUGCUCAGGCCAGUGUGCCAAGCUGCCCGAGCUCGAGGAGGUUCCGUGGAGCGUGGCUGAGGUGGAAGGCGCGCUGCGGAAGGACAGCGAGGUGGUAAGCUCAGCCGGCGCGUCCCGCGAGAUCGUGGUCAAGCUGUCGGCGCUGCUGAGUCGCGCGCUAGUUCGGGUCGCCCGCGAGGCGCAGCGCCUGAGCCUGCGCUACGCCAAGUGCACCAAGCACGAGGUCCAGAGCGCCAUCAAGGUGGUACUGUCAUGGACCAUCUCUGCCAACUGCGUGACUGCGGCGCUCGGCGCGCUUUCGCUGUACAACAUGAGCACGAGCGAUCGCUUCAGCCGAGGCAAGUCGGCGCGCUGCGGUCUCGUCUUCUCCGUGGGGAAGUUCUUCCGGUGGAUGGUGGACAGUCGUGUGGCUUUGAGGAUUCACGAGCAUGCCGCCAUUUACCUGUGCGCUUGCAUGGAGACCCUCUUCCGCGAAGUGUUCGGUCGCGUAGAGAGGAGCGCGCUCGUGGAGAAGGAGAACGGAGUUCCCAAGCUCACAGUCGAGUCCCUGGAACAAGCGAUCAACAACGACUCCGAGCUAUGGGGUCUGCUGCAACCCUACCAGCAUCUCAUCUGUGGCAAAAACGCAAGCGGUGUGCUGAGCCUGCCGGACAGCCUGAAUGUACACCAUGAUCAGCAAAGAGGUGGGAAGAAUGCAGAAGGUCAUGCCUUCACCCAGGCUGAACUGCGCACCAUCGAGCAGUCUCUCCUGGCCACUCGUGUGGGGAGCAUUGCUGAGCUAAGUGAUCUGGUGUCUCGUGCCAUGCACCAUCUCCAGCCUCUGCACAUCAAGAGCCUGAGUAACGACACGCCGGUGCACCAGAACCGCGGAGGACCCAUACACUGGGAACCGGAGGCUCUGUACACCCUGUGCUACUUCAUGCACUGUCCGCAGAUAGAGUGGGAGAACCCUAAUGUGGAGCCCUCCAAGAUCACCCUGCACACAGAAAGACCGUUCAUCGUGCUGCCUCCACUAAUGGAGUGGAUCCGGGUGGCUGUAGCACACACCGAGCAUCGGCUCAGCGUAUCUGUAGACAGCGAUGACGUGAGACAGGCCGCCAGACUGCUCCUGCCUGGAGUGGACUGUGAGCCUCGGCAGCUAAAAGCAGACGAUUGCUUCUGCGCCACACGAAAACUGGAUGCAGCCUCCACAGAGGCCAAGUUUCUGCAGGAUCUGGGCUUUCGGAUGCUCAACUGUGGCCGCACUGACCUGGUCAAGCAAGCGGUCAAUCUGCUGGGACCUGACGGCCUCAACAGCAUGAGUGAACAGGGAAUGACCCCGCUCAUGUACGCAUGUGUCCGUGGUGACGAGGCCAUGGUACAGAUGUUGCUGGACGCCGGGGCUGAUAUCAACAGCGAGGUUCCCAGCUCAAUAUACAGACACCCCUCAGUUUAUCCCGACACCAGGCAGGGGACUCCACUCACUUUCGCCGUGUUGCACGGACACGUCCCUGUCGUGCAGCUGCUACUGGAUGCCCGAGCCAACGUGGAGGGGGCGUUGCAGGAUGGAGCCGAGAACUACGCUGAAACACCGCUCCAGCUGGCCUCUGCCGCAGGUAAUUUUGAGUUGGUCAAUCUGCUGUUGGAGAGGGGAGCAGACCCCUUAAUUGGAACCACGUACCGCAAUGGCAUUACUUCAGCUCCUUUAGGGGAUAUGAACUCCUACAGCCUUGCUGCAGCACACGGGCACAGGAACGUUUUCCGGAAGCUUCUGUCCCAGUCGGAGAAGGAGAAAGGCGACAUGAUGUCUCUUGAGGAGAUCCUGGCUGAGGGCUCGGAGGCUGGCGGGGAGAAACGAACAAGCCACUCGGAGGGCACACUUCGCACAGGCAAGGCGAAACUGAGGGCCCUCCGAGAGGCCAUGUACCACAGCGCCGAACACGGCCAUGUGGACAUUACCAUAGACAUCCGCAGCUUGGGUGUGCCGUGGACUCUACACACGUGGCUGGAGUCUCUGAAGACGUGCUUUCUGCAGCAGCGACGGCCGCUGAUCCAGGGGCUGCUUAAAGACUUUAGCUGCAUCCAGGAGGACGAGUACACCGAAGAACUCAUCACACAUGGCCUACCGCUUAUGUUCCAGAUCCUGCGAGCCAGCAAGAACGAAGUCAUCAGCCAGCAGCUAGCUGUAAUCUUCACCCAGUGCUACGGGCCAUUUCCAAUCCCCAAGCUGACAGAGAUCAAAAAGAAGCAAACCUCACGACUGGAUCCACAUUUCCUGAACAAUAAAGAGAUGUCAGAUGUGACGUUUCUGGUGGAGGGAAAACCUUUUUAUGCUCACAAGGUGCUGCUUUUCACAGCAUCAGCGAGGUUUAAGUCUCUCCUCUCUAACCGGCCGGCUGCAGAGAACACAUGCAUUGAAAUCAGUCACGUCAAGUACAACAUUUUUCAGCUGGUGAUGCAGUACCUGUAUUGUGGUGGCACUGAGUCACUGCACAUCAGAAACACUGAAGUCAUGGAGCUCCUGUCUGCAGCCAAGUUCUUCCAGCUUGAGGCCCUCCAGCGACACUGUGAGAUCAUCUGCUCCAAGAACAUCACCAUAGAAACGUGUGUGGACAUUUACAAACAUGCCAAGUUCCUGGGGGCCACAGAGCUGUCAACUUUCAUCGAAGGCUACUUUCUGAAGAACAUGGUGCUCCUGAUUGAGCUGGAGAACUUUAAGCAACUCCUAUAUGAGGUACCUGCCGAGAGCCCCGGCCCGGGCCCUGCCUACGACGUGCUCAAUGAUCUGGAACAAACCCUGGCCACUCGCAUCCACUCCAUCCAUCUGUCAUCUUCCAAGGGCUCCGUCGUCUGAUCCCAGUGCGAGCUUACACCCAUUUUGGCCUGCUGUGCAACUUUUGGAUUCAUCACAGGCUCCUUUUGGUGUCUUUCGGCCGAUUUCUAGGAUGAAUGUUUGUGAGCAGUUAUGACAUCCGCUGACCUGUACCAAGAGGUUGCGAUCUGAGAUCUGAUUUUUUUUUUAAACUGCAGAGGCAAAUGUGUCAUUUCAUGGGAUACAUUACUGUAUGUGUCAUGCAAACACUUGCAAACCAGCAUUCUGACAUGUAAUCGCUGGCAAAAACAAACAAACAGACGUUUUACUACUAAAGAUGUCAUCUUCACUCUGCUUAAGCUCUUGUAGACACUGCAAAUAGUCAAUAAGGGAAGAACCAUGAACUUGGGGUUUAGUCACUGCUUUUUUUUCCAUCACAUUAUCUUUCCCUGAUCAUUCGUCCAGGAUCAGAUGAGAAAAUAUUACGUUUCUUUUCUUUCAUCAUUGACAUUCAAGACAAAGAAAAAGCAAAAAUGCUCUAAUUACUGAAUCUGCUAUAUCUAAUUACGGUACACCUUUGAUAUCAAUGUGCCAAAUGAUAUAGAUGCUAUUUAUUUAUGCUAUGACUUUUGUUUGAGUUUACAUUAUUUGUAGCAGUAAAUAAGGAUUAGUCUGGAACAGUGGAUUCCUCCACAAAUUAGUUUGCAAACUGCGUAGUAAAAGUGAGAAGAGAACAGAUUAAAGAAUUUUCGUACAGCAAGAUUUUUCAUUCGCCGUCUAAUCUUAUUUAACGAUAGACCUGGUCUCUAGUUAGAAAGCAGUCUGUCAUACUGCCCUUGCUAAUUGUGUUCUCCUAGGUAACACAUCGUCCUCGCUGUAGGAAGUCCUGUGCUCCGUGUCCCAGUUCCUUUCUGCCCAGUUUUAAUGACCUAUGAAACCACCACUGUGCUUAGUACACUGAAAACUGAGCAGCUCAUCCUUGCCUUGAGGUUGUGUAAUAUCAAUAUUCUGUUUCAAUAAACUGCAUGGGCCCUUUGCAGUCUUUACAUUUUAUAUUAAAAAAAAACCUAAAGGGAAUAAAAAACAAAACAAAAAAAAAACUAUUGUUGAACUCCAUCAGUAUGUCAUUAAAGGACGACUCUUCUUAAAUUCCAAACUGUGGACGCAAAGUGUGUGGGAUCGCUGCUGGGCAAGAGACGACAAUGGAAAAACGAAACGAAACAAAAAAAACAAAACAUUUACAGGAAGAUGCCAACACACUGGUCAGUACCACUACGACCCUACGAAGUGUACAUACUGCAAACCCACGUCUGCACCUCUGCUUUGGUUAUAUGUGAUGCCAAGCUCAAGUGUUGCUCUUUUAAUUGUGCGAUUUUGUCAUUGCCAAAAUGCAUGUCUUGUGUUUUUUUUUUGUUUUGUUUGGUUUGGUUUGGUUUUGUUUUUUUGUUCAUUUUAAAUUUGUGUGUCCUUUGGUGUCAGUGUUAAACUGUCCUAGGACUGUAAUACCAGCAUGUAUGUAUGAGUGUGUGCGUGUGUGUGUGUGUGUGUGUGUGUGUGUGUAUGUGUGUGUUUCCACAUAAUGAACCCAAAGUAACUAAUGUAUAGGAGAAAUAAUAAGGCACUUCAUCCAAAGAACAUCUGAAGUUACUGCUAGCAUUCGAAGAAAUUUAAGACGACGGUCUGUUUGUCCAUUUUCAUAGUCUUUGUUAUCAUUUUCCACCCGUAACGGCAACCCAGUAAUCCCAGUAUAUUAUGUAUUAUAUACAUCGAGCACAUAAAAUAUCGAGAGAUGGUAUGCAACAUUCAGGAAAAGUACAUGGAGAGAGAUUAAACGAUGGAUUGAAUGUUUUGUAGUUAACAUUUUACGUAUCAGGAGCUGUACAUGACAAACCGGAAUGUUUAAACGGAUGAGAAGGUUGGUUAAUCUUCCUGUUCCCGAUGUGUAAUAAGAGAUUUACGAGAGUUAAAAAGAGUUUAUUCAUAUGUAGCUAACAAAGGGAUGAUAUCGUGAUGCAAAUAAUUCUAAACUGUGAAGAUUAUUUUAUUUGAAAUCAUAGUAGCUUUAUUUUCUUACAAUAUAUGUCAUAUUGUUACUCUCCUUUCAGCUGUUUCGUUGUAGCUAAGACAAUCAUAGAUUUUUUUUUUUUUUUUUCCUCUCCGACAUCCUCAAUUUUCAGUCAAAUGUCAAGUGUUUUUCUCAUGUACGUGUGCCAAAAUGUCUCGCAACAGGUUUCAACUACAGCAAAACCAUGGACGUGCAAGGAAUUUACAAACGGACAUGUUCGAGGGGUCCGUGUUUUAACUUUUUUAUAAUUCUUGAUGGCUUUUCGUUCGUUGCUCCUGCUAGAACUGAAGUUGUGAAAGCAAUAUCGCACAUAUAAUCAACUCUUGAGAAAGAUAUGGUCUUUGUCGUUGUUGCCUACGAUGGACAUUGGGAACGGUUGUCUUUUUAGGUCUUUAUUAAUUAGUGGAAUAGUCCUGUAGUUCAGUACUACACGAAUUACAUAUUCGCUGCGGACCAGUUAAAAAACUAGAGGCCAUUGUGGUUGUUAGUGGAUCCUUAAAACAAACUUCUUCAGACAAAAUACCAACUUGCUCAUUGUGUCUUGGCUUUGACUUUUAUCUGCUUUGGCUGCUAUUAAGACAUGCUUACAGACGUCGCGGCUCGGCGCCGUGGUUUUCUUUGAUGUCUCUAUUACACAAAACUUGCAUGCUUUGACUGAAUCUGAGGGACUUAGUUUGCUAUCCUUAUUUCACCUGAUUGCAAAAUUGUACAUUGUACAAAGGAUACGUAUAUAGAAAUAUAUCUAUUAAAACUUAGUGUAAAUAUAAAAGGGAUGUGGUUGACUUUAUCAUUGGAAAAAAAAAAGAAAAAAAAGAAUGUCACUUCUGCUACAGUGCAAUUGUUCAAUGACAUGCGUUUGUGUACAGCCAAUAAAAUGAUCAUAAUUUAA